AUGGGCGCGUCGGACGAUGGGUCGAGCGACGACGCGCGUUUGAAGACGAUCGUGGAGCUCUGCGUCAAGGCUGAGAACGCCCCCGACGCCGAGCCCGAGCGCGCUCUGGACGCGAUGCGAGCGGUGUUGAAGCACUCCGAGACGACUUUUGAGUCCUCCACGCUGUCUUCGACCGAUUUCGCGCGGUGUGGGAAGAUGAUCAACGGAUUGCGAAAGCGACACGCCGACGCGCGUGUGCGAGACGCCGCGGCGGCGGUGAAAAAGGCGUGGACGGAUAUGAUCUUAGCGAACGCGGGCGUCGGGGAGAAAAAGGAACAAAAGGUUGCGUCCAAGGCGGAGAAGGCGACGGAGGGGGACAAAGGCGGAGAAGAGGCGCACGGGACGGAUGCGCGGACGGAUGUUAAGUCGCGGCUCACGCGGACGGCUGACGCGGCGAGAGAUCGAACGAGAGAGAUCUUUGCGGAUGCGCUGGCGAUGUGCAUCGCGGACGGUGCGGUGGAGGCGUCAAACGCGGGUAAGUUGGCGGCGAUCGCGGAUCAGAUCGAAGAGGCGAUGACGGCGAAAUGGCCGGAGGGCGGAAAGGAUUACAAGGCCAAGGUUCGACAGCUCGCGUUUAACAUGCGAGAUCCGAAGAACCCGGAUUUGCGCACGAAUUUAGCCAUGGGAGAGAUUAGCGCUGAUGUUCUCAUAGAUCUCACCCCGGAGGAGCUGGGAUCGAACGAGCGCCGGCAGGCGAAUGAAAAGAUUCGCGAGUUUGCAGAGUGGGAGGCGGUGCGCGGACAGCAACAAGAGGCGAGCACGGACGCGUUCAAGUGCGGGAAGUGCAAGCAACGCAAGUGCACGUAUUAUCAAUUGCAGACGAGAAGCGCUGAUGAACCGAUGACUACUUUCGUGACUUGCGUAAACUGUGGGAACCGCUGGAAGUUCUGCUAA